AUGGCCUCAAACCCCGCCCACUUGGAGCCUUCCAAGCUCGGAACAAAAGAAUACUGGUCCUCCCUUUACACAACCGAACUGACGAACCAUACCUCCAACCCAGAGGACAGAGGCACGGUCUGGUUCGACGACAGCGACGCCGAGUCCAAGCUCCUGACCUAUCUCGAGGACCUGACCGAGUCCGCCCCCUUCGAUCACUCCCUCCGCCAGGCCGACGCCACCUUCUUGGAUCUGGGCUGCGGCAACGGCUCUCUUCUGUUCGCCCUCCGCGACGAGGGAUGGGCCGGCCGCGCUCUGGGCGUCGAUUACGCCCCGCAGAGUGUCGAGCUUGCGCGCCGCAUUGCGCUUCAGAGAAGUCAGGCGCCAAAGGAGGACGAGGAAAUGGCCGACGGUGACGACAACGAGGAGGAAGAGGAGGUCAAGGAACCCGAGUUCGCAGAGUGGGACCUGCUCAACGGGCCUUGGGAGACGGUCUUGAACGGUGCACAGCAGGAGGGGUGGGAUGUAGUGCUCGACAAGGGGACCUUUGACGCCAUCUGCCUCAGCGACGAGAAGGACGCGCAGGGGAGACGGAUUUGCGAGGGUUACAGGGGCCGUGUGCUCCGUCUGGUCAGGCCCGGCGGAUUGCUGCUCAUCACGAGCUGCAACUGGACCGAGGAGGAGCUCAAGGCGUGGUUCGAGGGUCCCCCGCGCGAGGGUGAUGUUGGAAGGUUCGUCGCUGUCGGAAAGGUGGACUACCCCAGUUUCACCUUUGGCGGCGCCAAGGGCCAGACGAUUAGCAGCUUGUGUUUCCAGAGGCAGGCCUAG